AUAUUAGCAAUCAAGAUUUAGAGGGCGCUCUUGCUCUUGAUUUUGGCAAAUUGAAAAAAGUGAAUGCUUCCUUCAAUAAAUUAAACUGGUAUUCAUUACCCACUAUUUUGGAAGAGUUAGAUUUUUCUCACAAUAAUUUUGAAACUAUUGAUAUUGAUGUCUUUAAACUUAGAAGACUUAAUAUUUCCUAUAACCGUCUAGGAGCUCUUGCUCCUGCUCUCACUCCCUCUUUCGCUAAUUCUCCUUUUUUGACUCAUCUGGAUUGCAGCAAUAAUCUUUUAACCCAAUUAGAUUUGCGUUCUAGUAGCAAGAACUUAAUUGAGUUAAAGUGCUGGGGUAACCCUAUUACCAACUUGUCUUUGGGUGAAGUCUCUAAUUUAGUUCUUUUUGAUUGUUUAGGAGUUAAGUUUAACAAUACACUUCCAACUUCUACUAUUUUGACAUCAACAAUUUAUGCAAAUAACCCCGUUCUCCUUGGUAGCACCAUUGGCCUUGGAGUUUACUCAGGAAUAAGCACUCUCUGUUGGAUAAUUUUAGUAUCUCAUAUUACUAUCGAAAAAGCAAGUUUUAUUUCCACUAUUUUAUGCAUA